AUUCCAUAAAUUAUUAAGGAAGUUCUUUUUCAAAAAGAUACUAAUAUUUAUUGUAUUUAUUGUUUUAGAUCAAUCCGAACGGUCAGAAACAUCCUGGAUUUAUUCUACGUCUAGUUCUAGAUGAGAAUAUGAUAAAAUUUGAGCCAUCCAUAGAAGAAUUCGAAAGUACACUAUUGAAUAUGUUCGAUUAUAUGUAUAAUGUUAUUCAGAGUAUACCUAAAAUUGAAACUCGUCUUUAUUCUGAUUGGCAAUCUGAGAAUGUCACAUUACAUCCAAUUAUUUUAAGUGACAUUAUUGAGGAACGUAAAUAUGAAGUUAGAAAAAUGUUAUUAUUACAACUUAAAGGACCAGAGUUACAUAUUCGAGAAUAUGAUAAGUAUCAAUUUUUAGUCAACAGACAAGCUGAACAAAAUAUUGAAUUGUUGUUAAAUCCACCAGUACAAGAACUAACAGUUCAAGCCGCUGAAUCCACUGAUGAUGACGAUUUACAAGAUAAUCUUGAUGACAAAGUGAAAUUAGAAGAAGCAAUCCAGUAUGAAUCCAGACGUACAAUUUGUUUGGGAUUAUUUGAAGUACAUUGUGAUGAAUUAAUUCGUUCUUUAACUAAACGAGCUGAAAAUAUAUCAGAUCGUAUUUUGGAACGGAUUUUGGAAGAUCAUAGAAUAAUGAAUAAAACUUUGAUUCAGGAAUAUGAACUUAUCAGUACCAAAGCGUUAACUGUUCCAACUGAUAUUUCACAUAUGAUACAAAUCAAUGAAUUUGUUAAUCAUGCAGAAAAAGUUACAAUGAACACCUUAGAACGUGAGCUGGAUAAUUGUAAAGAUCGCUUAUUAUUUCUUAUGGAUCAUGCACAAUUAAAUCCAUCAGAUAUGCGUAUUAAUAGUCAGGUAUUUGAAUGGCAUACACGUAUGAAUGAAGUAUUCGCUGAAAGUCGACGUAUUGCACAAACGAAACGUGAAGAAUUUGAAAUUAGUCUGAGAUAUAAACGUGAAAGAUUUAUUGAAGAAAUUGAAUCAUAUAGAAAACAAGUGGAUAAAUUCCAAGGAUAUGGAGAUCUGAAUGAAAUAAAUCGAUAUUUGAAGAAAGCACAAAGUUUAAAUUCAAAGUUAGAAAUAGCUUUAACUAAAAUAGAUGGAUUCAAUGCAGAUGAAGAAGCAUUGAAAUGGGAUACAACAUCAUAUCCACUACGUAAUGAAGUACAAAAUAUAUUGAAACCAUUUUUAACUCUAUAUGAAAUGACAGUAGAAUUCAAUAAGAAACAUAAAGAAUGGAUGGAAGGAUCUAUGGAUAAGGUUGAACCAGAAAAAGUAGAAAUGGACGUAUCAAACUAUUAUCGUAGUUUGUUCAAACUAGAGAAGACAUUCGACACUUUACCAGCACCACGAAAAAUUGCUACACAAGUUCGUGGAAAAGUCGAAGAAUUCAAAGAACAUUUACCGCUAAUACGUGCGUUAUUUAAUCCAGGUUUACGUGAAAGACAUUGGGAACAGAUUUCAGAAAUAGUUGGUUUUACAGUAAGUAAUCAAGAAGAAGGAAUAUGUUUAGCUAAAUUGAUUGAUAUGAAUCUUGAUCCGUAUAUAUCUAAAUUUGACUCAAUCUCAGAAGCUGCUAGCAAAGAAAAUAGUCUUGAAAAAACACUGGAUAAAAUGCAUAAAGAAUGGGAAUCAAUGGAGCUCAACUUGAUACCAUAUCGUGACAGUGGUACAUUUAUACUUUCUUCAGUGGAUGAUAUACAAGUAUUGUUGGAUGAUCAUAUUGUAAAAACUCAAACAAUGCGUGGCUCACCUUAUAUUAAACCAUUCGAAGCGGAAAUCAAAGAUUGGGAACAAAAAUUAAUAUUAACUCAAGAUAUUCUUGAUGAAUGGUUAAAAGUACAAGCUACAUGGUUAUAUUUAGAACCAAUAUUUAAUUCACCAGAUAUUAUAUCACAAAUGCCAGAUGAAAGUAGAAAAUUUAUUAUUGUUGAUAAAAUAUGGAAAGAAUUAAUGAAACAAUCAAAUCAAAAUCAUUCUAUAUUAACUAUUAUUACUAUGGAGAAUUUAUUAAAUAAAUUACAAAAAUCUAAUCAAUUACUUGAAUUAAUAUUAAAAGGAUUAAAUACAUAUUUAGAAAAGAAACGUUUAUAUUUUCCAAGAUUUUUCUUUUUAUCUAAUGAUGAAUUAUUAGAAAUUUUAUCAGAAACAAAUGAUCCAUUAAGAGUACAACCACAUUUAAAAAAAUGUUUUGAAGGUAUUGCAUCAUUAUUAUUUACUAAAACAUUAGAUAUUACACAUAUUAUAAGUAGUGAUAAUGAAUCAGUUCAAUUAUGUAAUACAAUAUCAACAUUAAAUACACAUGGUUCUGUAGAAAAAUGGUUAUUACAAUUAGAAACUAAUAUGAUUAAUUCAAUACAAUUAAAUAUAAAUAAUGCAUUAAAUGAUUAUUUAAUUAAAUUACGUAAAGAUUGGGUUAAAUUAUGGUGUGGUCAAUCUAUAUUAGCUGGUUCUAUGUAUUAUUGGACAAUGAAUGUUGAAGAAGCAAUACAAAUUAGUCUUGAUGCAAUGAAAAAUUAUUUAAAAGUAAACAACCAGCAAAUAGAUGAAAUUGUUGCUAUGGUUAGAGGACAAUUAUCUAAACAAAAUCGUAUAACACUACAAGCAUUAAUUGUGUUAGAUGUUCAUGCACGUGAUGUACUGGCCGAACUUAUAUCACUUAAAUGUCAAUCCAAUACAGAAUUUUCAUGGCUUAGUCAACUACGUUAUUAUUUGGUUGAACAAAAGCUAGUGACACGUAUGAUUAAUUCACAAUUAAACUAUGGUUAUGAAUAUUUGGGUAAUACUGGGAGAUUAGUUAUCACACCAUUGACUGAUAGGUGUUAUCGAACAUUAUUUGGUGCAUUACAUUUACAUUUGGGUGGUGCUCCUGAGGGUCCAGCUGGUACAGGUAAAACAGAGACAACCAAAGAUCUCGCAAAAGCAGUAGCUAAACAAUGUGUUGUAUUCAAUUGUUCCGAUGGACUGGAUUAUAUUGCUUUGGGUAAAUUUUUCAAGGGACUUGCAUCAUGCGGUGCAUGGUCAUGUUUUGAUGAAUUUAAUCGUAUUGAUUUAGAAGUACUUUCUGUAGUAGCUCAACAAAUUUUAACUAUUCAACGUGCAAUUCUUGCCAAUCAAACAAGUUUAAUAUUUGAAGGAACUGAAAUUAAAUUAGAUCGAACAUGUGCUGUAUUCAUUACAAUGAAUCCAGGUUAUGCUGGACGUUCAGAAUUACCGGAUAAUUUAAAAGCUUUGUUUCGUUCAGUAGCUAUGAUGGUACCAGAUUAUGCAAUGAUUGCAGAGAUUUCAUUAUAUUCAUGUGGCUUUGUUAAUGCUCGUCCACUUGCUAUAAAAAUUGUUGCUACUUAUCGUUUAUGUUCAGAACAAUUAUCUAGUCAAUCUCAUUAUGAUUAUGGUAUGAGAGCUGUGAAAUCUGUCCUUACAGCAGCUGGUAAUCUUAAAUUAAAAUAUCCAAAUGAAGAUGAAGAUGUAUUAAUGUUACGUUCUAUUAUUGAUGUGAAUUUACCGAAAUUUCUUAGUGAUGAUUUACCAUUAUUUAGUGGAAUAGCUUCAGAUCUAUUUCCUGGUAUUGAACGUCCAACACCAGAUUAUGAAAUAUUAAAUAAUGCUAUAAAAAAUGCUUGUGAUCGUAUGAAUUUACAAUAUACUAAAUUUUUCAUAGAGAAAAUACAACAAGUUUAUGAAAUGAUGAUUGUACGACAUGGUUUUAUGAUUGUUGGUGAACCAUUCGGUGGUAAAACUAGUUCAUAUCGUGUAUUAGCUGCUGCUUUAGGUGAAAUAUGUGAAAAAGGUCUUAUGGAAGAAAAUAAAGUGCAAUAUACUGUAAUCAAUCCAAAAGCGAUAACAAUGGGACAGUUAUAUGGCCAGUUUGAUCCCGUAUCACAUGAGUGGUCAGAUGGUAUAUUAGCUGUUUCAUAUAGAACAUUUGCCACAUCAACAACACCAGAUCGUAAAUGGUUAAUAUUUGAUGGACCAGUUGAUGCUGUAUGGAUAGAGAAUAUGAAUACUGUGUUAGAUGAUAAUAAAAAGUUAUGUUUAAUGUCAGGUGAAAUUAUUCAGUUAGCGCCAACAACUAACUUGAUAUUCGAACCAAUGGAUUUAGAGGCUGCUUCACCGGCAACUGUAUCUCGUUGUGGUAUGAUUUAUUUGGAACCGGCAAGUUUAGGUUGGCGACCAUUGCUACGUAGUUGGAUGAAUAAAUUACCUAAUUUUAUUAAACAGUUACAUAAAGAUAUUUGGAUUGAUAUGUUUGAUAGAUUUGUCGAUGCUGUGUAUAUUCUUUUUGCUUAUGUUUGGUCAAUCGGUGCAACUACAGAUAAAGAUGGUAGACAGAAAUUUGAUAAAUUAAUACGUGAAUUAAUGAAUGGUGGUAUGAUGGAAGAGACAAGACAACGACUGGCAUUAAUUGAAUUAGUCCCACCGCCAAUGGAAGAUUAUAAACGUCCAUUUCCGAUAAAGAAAACAGUUUAUGAUUAUAAAUUAGUAAUGAAGGCCAAUAAUAAAGAAGGAAUAGAAGAUGAGAUCCCAAUUAACUGGGAGUUGUGGACAGAGACUGUACGUUUAGCGCCACCAAUACCUAAAGAUGCCAGUUUCAAUGAAAUAAUCAUUCCAACAGUAGAAACUGUUCGAUGUAAUCAUUUACUAAAUUUAUUUAUUUUAAAUGGUAAACCAUCAUUAUUUAUCGGUCCAACUGGUACUGGGAAAUCAUGUUAUAUAAUGGAUUUUCUCAUGAAUAAGGUGGAAAAAGACAUCUAUAAGCCGCACACGUUGAACUUUUCAGCACAAACUAGUGCAAAUCAAACACAGAAUAUUAUUUUAUCGAAAUUAGAUCGUCGACGUAAAGGUGUAUUUGGACCGCCAAUGGGUAAAAAAAUUAUUGUAUUUGUUGAUGACUUGAAUAUGCCAGUAAGAGAAACAUAUGGUGCACAGCCUCCGAUUGAAUUAUUACGUCAGUGGUUGGAUCAUUGGAAUUGGUAUGAUUUAAAAACGAAUGAAGCAAUCCGAUUGAUUGACUUACUUUUCAUUGGUUCUAUGGGCCCACCAGGAGGUGGACGAAAUGUCAUUACUCCAAGAUUUUUACGUCAUUUAAAUAUUGUAACUGUUAACGAAUUCGAUGAUCAUACAAUGAAAACAAUAUUUACAAGAAUUAUGGACUGGCAUAUCACUGUAAAAGGUUUUAGUCCGGAUUAUAAGAAAAUACCAGAACAAAUAGUUAAUGCCACACUUGAAGUAUAUAAAGCUGCAUUACAAAACCUGCUACCAACACCCACUAAAUCUCAUUAUCUAUUUAAUUUACGUGAUUUUAGUCGUGUUAUACAAGGAAUUUUACUAUCGGUUCCUGAAUCUGCGGAAACACUAGACUCUAUGAAACGUUUGUGGGUUCAUGAAGUAUUUCGUGUUUAUUAUGAUCGUUUAGUUGAUGAUGCUGAUCGUGAAUGGUUAUUUAAUUUUAUACGACAAUGUGUUAAAACGCAUUUGGAUGUAGAAUUUAAUACAUUAUUUCAACAUUUAACAGGUGAUAAUGAAACUGAGGUUACAGAAGAUCAUCUUCGAUCGCUUAUGUUCUGUGAUUUUGCUGAUCCUAAGGGAAAACGUAAUUAUGCUGAAGUCAAUGAUGUUGAACAAUUACGUAAAGUAACUGAAGCUUACUUAGAAGAAUAUAAUCAGUUAAGCAAGAAACCUAUGAAUUUAGUUCUAUUUCGCUUUGCUAUAGAACAUGUAUGUCGUAUUGCACGUAUAUUAAAACAACCAAGAUCGCAUGCAUUACUUGUUGGUAUCGGAGGAUCAGGACGUCAAUCACUUACUCGAUUAGCUGCUCAUCUAUCAGAUUUUGACUUAUUCCAAGUUGAAAUCUCUAAAAGUUAUGGUGUUAAUGAAUGGAAAGAAGAUUUAAAGCAUAUAUUAAGAAAAUCAAGUGAAACUGAUAAUCAUGCUAUUUUCUUAUUUACUGAUACACAAAUUAAACAAGAAAGUUUUCUAGAAGAUAUAAAUAAUUUAUUAAAUGCUGGUGAAGUACCUAAUCUUUAUGCAAUUGAUGAAAAAAUGGAAUUAUGUGAAAAAAUACGUCAAAUUGAUAGAGCAAGAGAUAGAAAUAAACAAACAGAUGGUUCACCAGUAGCAUUAUUUAAUUAUUUUAUACAACGUGUUCGUGAACAAUUACAUAUUGUAUUAGCAUUAAGUCCAAUUGGUGAUUCAUUUAGAAAUCGUUUAAGAAAAUUUCCUUCAUUAGUUAAUUGUUGUACAAUUGAUUGGUUUCAGGCAUGGCCAGAAGAUGCUUUAACAGCUGUUGCUACACGUUCAUUAAAAGAUAUUGAUAUGACAGAUGAAAUUCGUAAUGGAUGUAUUGAUUUAUGUAAAUAUUUUCAUACUAGUACAUGUAAUCUAUCAACUCGAUUUCUAUUAGAAUUAGAUCGACACAAUUAUGUAACACCUACAUCAUAUCUUGAAUUAAUUACAACUUUUAUAACAUUAUUAUCAAAAAAACGAACGGAAGUAUUAACUCAAAAAAGUCGUUAUGAAGUUGGUCUGGAAAAAUUAAGUAGUGCAGCUAAUGAGAUUAGUUUGAUGUCAGUGGAAUUACAAUCACUUCAACCAAAACUUGUACAAGCUAGUAAAGAAGUUGAUGAAGUUAUGAUUGUUGUUGAGCAGCAAAGUGCUGAAGCAGCUAAACAGGAAAAACUUGUACGUGUUGAUGAAGCGGUUGCUGGUGAACAAGCAAAAGCUGCUGAAACAAUGAAAGAAGAAUGUGAUAAUGAUUUGGCUGAAGCAAUACCGAUAUUAGAAUCGGCAUUAAAAGCUCUGGAAACACUGACACCGGCUGAUAUUACUAUUGUUAAAACAAUGAAAUCCCCACCAGCUGGUGUACGUUUAGUUAUGGAAGCUGUUUGUGUUUUAAAAGGUAUUAAACCUGAUCGUAUAAAUGAUCCUAGUGGAUCAGGUAAAAAAAUUGAAGAUUUUUGGGGUCCAUCAAAAAAAUUACUUGGUGAUAUGAAAUUUUUAGAAAAUUUAAAAAAUUUCGAUAAAGAUAAUAUACCAUUAACAAUAAUGAAAACAAUACGUGAACGUUAUAUACCAAAUCCUGAUUUUAAACCAGAACGUGUUGCAGUUGCUUCAACAGCAUGUGAAGGUUUAUGUAAAUGGGUUAUAGCUAUAGAACGUUAUGAUAUAGUAGCAAAAAUUGUAGCACCUAAAAAAGAAGCAUUAGCUAAAGCUAUGUCUGAAUAUAAUACAGCAAUGAAUGCAUUAAAUAUAAAACGUGCAGCACUUAAAGAAGUACAAGAUCGUUUAAAAUUAUUAACAGAUGAUUUAGAAAUGAAUAAACGUAAAAAAAUUGAUUUAGAAAAUAAAGUUGAUUUAUGUACAAAAAAAUUAGAACGUGCUGAACAAUUAAUUGGUGGUUUAGGUGGUGAAAAAUCACGUUGGACAGAAGCAGCUAAAUCACUUGGUAAACAAUAUAUAAAUCUUACUGGUGAUAUACUUAUUUCUAGUGGAUUAGUUGCUUAUUUAGGUGCAUUUACAUCAACAUUUCGUCAAAUACAAGUGAAAAUUUGGUUAAAUGAAAUUAUGAAAUAUUCAAUUCCAUGUUCAGAAUCAUUUAGUUUAGUACAUACAUUAGGUAAUCCAGUUGAUAUUAGAGCAUGGAAUAUUGCUGGUUUACCAACAGAUGAUUUUUCAAUUGAAAAUGGAAUCAUUAUGGCUAAUGCAAGACGUUGGCCACUAAUGAUUGAUCCGACUAGUCAAGCUAAUAAAUGGAUAAAAAAUAUGGAGAAAAAGAAUAAUUUACAAAUUAUCAAAUUAACUGAUAGUGAUUUUGUUCGUACAUUAGAAAAUUGUAUACAAUUUGGUACACCAGUAUUAUUAGAAAAUAUUGGUGAAGAAUUAGAUCCAAUGUUAGAAUCAUUAUUAUUAAAACAAACAUUUAAACAAGGCGGUGCAUUAUGUAUUAAAAUUGGUGAUUCAGUUGUUGAAUAUUCACUGGAAUUUCGUUUUUAUAUGACAACUAAAUUUAGAAAUCCUCAUUAUUUACCAGAAACUUCAGUUAAAGUAACUUUAGUGAAUUUUAUGAUUACUGAAGAAGGUUUACAAGAUCAAUUAUUGGGUAUUGUAGUUGCACGUGAAAGACCAGAAUUAGAAGAAGAAAAAAAUAAACUAAUAUUACAAGGUGCUGCAAAUAAAAAGAAAUUGAAAGAAUUAGAAGAUCAAAUUCUUGGUGUAUUAUCAUCAUCUGAAGGCAAUAUUUUAGAAGAUGAAAGUGCUAUUAAAGUAUUGAAUUCAUCUAAAGAAUUAUCUAAUGAAAUAGCAGAGAAACAAGCAUAUUUUGAAGAAACUGAACAAAAAAUUGAUAUGGCACGUUUAGGUUAUGUACCAAUUGCUGUACAUACAGCUAUUUUAUUCUUUUCAAUAUCUGAUUUAGCUAAUAUUGAUCCAAUGUAUCAAUAUUCAUUAACAUGGUUUAUUAAUCUAUUUAUAAUGGGUAUUGAUAAUUCUGAGAAAUCUGAUGAUCUGGAACAACGUUUAACUAAUCUACGAAAUUAUUUAACAUAUUCAUUAUAUUGUAAUGUAUGUCGAUCAUUAUUUGAAAAAGACAAGCUACUAUUUUCAUUCUUACUUUCUAUCAAUAUGCUUCGUCAUGAGGGAUUGUUAAAUGAACAAGAAUGGAGAUUUUUAUUAACUGGCGGUGUCGGUUUAGAUAAUCCACAUGUAAAUCCAUCCAGUUGGUUACAAACUAAAUCAUGGGAUGAAUUAUGUCGGCUAGAUCAAAUCAAUGUUUUUACUGGUAUACGUGAACAUUUUGAAUGUAAUCUUAAUGUAUGGAAACGUAUAUAUGAUAGUGUUGAACCACAUAAUGAAAAACUACCAGAUGAUUUAACACACAUUAAAACACAAUUGCAAUUUCUUUGUAUACUACGUGUUUUAAGACCAGACAAAAUUGUACCAGCUAUACAGAAUUUUGUUUUAACAAAUUUAGGCAAGAAAUACAUUGAACCGCCACCAUUUGAUUUACCAGGUGCAUUUUCUGAUUCUUCAUGUACAGUACCGUUAUUAUUUGUUUUAUCACCUGGUGCUGAUCCUAUGGUAGCAUUAUUAAAAUUUGCUGAAGAUAUGGGAUUUGGUGGUACAAAAUUCGAAUCACUAUCACUUGGUCAAGGUCAAGGUCCGAUAGCUUUAAAAAUGAUAGAACAUGGUAUAAAAGAUGGUACAUGGGUGUUAUUACAAAAUUGUCAUCUAGCACCAAGUUGGAUGGGUAUUUUAGAGAAAAGAGUGGAAGAAUUUAAUCCUGACACAACACAUCCAGAUUUUCGUUUAUGGUUGACGAGUUAUCCGAGUAAAGAUUUCCCUGUAUCAAUUUUACAAAAUGGUGUUAAAAUGACUAAUGAACCACCGAAAGGUUUACGUUUUAAUCUAUGGAGAUCAUAUUUAAGCGAUCCAAUUUCAGAUCAAGAAUUCUUUCAGUCAUGUUCAAAUAAACAUGCUUGGAAAAAAUUAUUAUUCGGAUUAGUAUUCUUUCAUGCUAUUGUGCAAGAAAGACGUAAAUUUGGACCACUCGGUUGGAAUACACCGUAUGAGUUCAAUGAAACAGAUUUACGUAUAUCAGUUCAACAGUUACACAUGUUUCUUGGACAGUACAGUUCUAAUAUAAAUUAUACUAUUAUAAUACCUAUUGUUAACUGCUGUUCAAAGUUUAACUCAUAUUUCAUUUAUGUAGACGUUCAAUAUGAAGCUUUACGUUAUUUAACUGGAGAAUGUAAUUAUGGUGGUCGCGUUACUGAUGAAUGGGAUAGGCGCACUUUAAAAACAGUUUUAAUGCGCUUCUAUUGUCCAGAAGUAGUUAAUGAAAUUAAGCAUCCGUUCGAUUCAAGUGGAAUCUAUUAUGCACCUGAAGAUACUGAAUAUGAAGGUUAUAUUGAUUAUAUAAAAACACUUCCAUUGAAUCCUGAUCCAGAAAUUUUCGGUAUGCACCAGAAUGCUGAUAUUACUAAAGAUCAACAAGAAACCAAUUUAAUAUUUACAAGCACACUUUUAACUCAAGCAAAAGGAGCAUCAUCAUCUGGAAAAUCACUCGAUGAAAUAGUUGAUGGAGUUGCUUCUGAUAUCUUAACUCGUCUACCAUUAAAUUUUGAUACAGAAUUAGUAUUACGAAAGUAUCCAACAUGCUAUGAACAAAGUAUGAAUACAGUAUUAGUACAAGAAAUGGUUCGUUUCAAUGUACUCUUAAGUAUAAUACGUUCAAGUCUUAAAAAUAUUCGAUUAGCUAUUAAAGGUUUAGUGGUCAUGUCAUCUGAUUUAGAAGAUGUAUGGUAUGAACAAGGACCUCCAUCGGAAUUUUGGAUAUCUGGUUUCUUUUUCACACAAGCUUUUCUUACUGGUGUACAACAAAAUUAUGCACGAAAGCACACAAUACCUAUUGAUUUGUUAUCUUUUGAAUUUGAAGUAUUAGAUGACAUCAAAUAUACAGAUGCUCCAUCAGAAGGAGCUUAUGUAUCCGGUCUGUUUGUGGAUGGUGCAAGAUGGGAUAGGAGUACAAAAAAAUUAGCAGAAGCUUUACCAAAAGUUUUACAAGAUCCUAUGCCACCUAUUUGGUUAAUACCAAUAAAACGGAGUGAUAUUAAAUCAAGGCCUAGUUAUACAGCACCAGUUUACAAAACAAGUGAACGUCGUGGUGUACUAUCAACAACUGGACAUUCUACAAAUUUUGUAUUACCAAUUAUGUUGACAUCAGAUAAACCGGAAAGUCAUUGGAUUAUGAGAGGUGUCGCUUUACUAUGUCAAUUGGAUGAUUAAACGGAGUGAUAAUAUAAGAAAUCUAGGUUCGGGAUACCUGAUACAUAAUCACCAAUUCAUAAAACCAACCAUACUUUUAUUAUAUAUACAUAUUUUAAAAACGAACUUCAAAUAUGUAUACUUAUUCACUAUUUUAUUUAUAUCAAUUGAUAUUAUCACGAUAUACACUCGAAAUAUGUUGUAAAAGUUAACUUAACUUUAGAAUCAUAUAAGAAAUUAAUAAAAACUUUUUAAGAAAA